AUGGAAGCUUCAAGUAAGUAUCCACUGCAAAGAUCUUGGACCCUAUGGGAAAUGUGGGACACCAGAAACACAGCAAAUUUCCUUGAAAACAUGAAAGGAGUCGGAAAAUUCGACACAGUAUGGUCAUUUUGGCAGCAUUGGUCCAACCUCCCUCAUGCAGAUCCCACAUUUCUCUUUGUUGACGAAAGCAAUAUGCAAAAAAAUUUUGAAGGAAUGUCCCAGUCAAUUGAAGCUAUCGGAAUCUUUGAACGUGGUAUUAUCCCAGCUUGGGAAGACGAAGUAAAUAAACUAGGUUCUGAUUACUCAUUCAAAAGGCCUUACAACCACGACGAAAUUAAGAACAUUUGGACCCGUUUAGCCUUUGCUUUAAUUGGAGAAACCUUUUAUUUGUCUGAACAAGUUACAGGAAUAAGAAUCGUUGACAGAGGAAAAUCCAUGCAUUCUAAAUGUAAAGGCCAUCGACGGUUACCAACUGGAGGUCCCUGCACCUUAGAGGAUGGAAACUUACAGCAAGCCCCAUAAGUAGCUGAGACGUCCUGCUGACAUCAUAGGCGAGCUCGAUCGUUCUGAUCAGAAAUGCAAAUUUAAUAGAUAGAAUAUAGAGGAAAAUCCACAAAAUACGAAAUUUGGGUCAGAUAUGACUGCAAAGUGGUUGCAGAAAAUAAUGCUGCAUUUAAAGCAAGACUUCAAGAAUUGCUCCCUGAGAUUGACUUAAGUGACUGGGCAGAAUCUUCUCAUCAGAACAGAGUUUAA